AUGAAUGCUAUCAAUAGACUCAUCAUGAAGCGCUAUCGUUUGCUGUUCACGAUAUUUCUGUUCGCUGCCGUCAGUAUAGACACGAUAUUCGCGAAGAAGGCCUUCGAAAAGCUGACAGAUCUCGAUUUUCCCGGCACCACGUACUACAGCGUCAAGAAUCUCUCGUUGUACGAAUGUCAGGGAUGGUGUCGUGAGGAAGAGGAAUGCGUUGCUGCGGCAUUUUCCUUUGUCGUUAACCCUUUGACGCCAUCGCAGGAGACCUUGUGCCAAUUGCAGAACAAAACGGAAGCAACAAAUCCACAAGCAGCUGCUCCGCAAAAGGCAACGAGCAUGUAUUACAUGACGAAACUCAAUAUUCCAAGUGAAAAUGUCUGCAUGCGCCCAUGGCAGUUCGAACGUGUGCCCAAUAAAGUCAUUCGUGGCUUGGACAAUGCCUUGAUCUACACAAGUACGAAGGAGGCAUGUCUCAGUGCUUGUUUGAAGGAAAAACGAUUCAUUUGUCGUUCCGUUGAAUAUGACUAUGCCAACAUGAAAUGCGUGCUCAGCGACAGUGAUCGACGAUCGGCAGGAACUAUCAUUCAACUUAAUGACGCUCCGGGUACGGAUUACUUUGAGAAUUUGUGUUUGAAGCCCGCGCAAGCUUGUAGAUACGAUCGUACCUUCAAUGUGCCACGAACUGGAGUGCCCGAAGACAAAGUCUCGCAAUACGUUGGCUUGCAUUAUUACACAGACAAGGAGUUGCAAGUGACUUCGGAAGCUGCGUGUCGUUUGGCUUGCGAAAUUGAGACGGAAUUCUUGUGUCGUUCGAUGUUGUAUAUGGGACAACCUCAAGGCGCUCAAUAUAACUGCCGAUUGUAUCAUUUGGAUCACAAGACAUUACCUGAUGGACCAUCGACGUUCUUGAAUGCUGAAAGACCUUUGUUGGAUAUUGGCGAACCAACUGGAAAAUAUAUGGAAAAUAAUUGUGACAAAACUCCUUCUCAACAAUCAUCCAAUGACAAUACAUUACCUGUCGAUAUCGAGACCAAAAACGAUCCUUCAGUGAAUAAUUUGACCCGAACUGAUGUCAAUUGCGACAAAACUGGAACCUGUUAUGAUGUCUCCGUUCACUGCAAAGACACUCGCAUCGCUGUUCAAGUGCGCACCAACAAGCCAUUCAACGGAAGAAUUUACGCCUUGGGACGUUCGGAAACGUGCAACAUCGACGUCAUCAACUCUGAUUUGUUCAGAUUGGAUUUGACGAUGGGCGGACAAGAUUGUAACACACAAAGUGUCACUGGUGUGUAUUCGAAUACCGUUGUUUUGCAACAUCAUAGCGUCGUGAUGACCAAAGCCGAUAAAAUCUACAAAGUCAAGUGUACGUAUGACAUGAGUCCCAAGAACAUUACCUUCGGAAUGAUGCCAAUUCGCGAUCCUGAGAUGAUUCACAUUAAUUCGUCACCGGAAGCGCCGCCUCCAAGAAUUCGCAUUCUCGAUACAAGAGCUCGUGAAGUCGAAACUGUCCGAAUUGGAGAUCGUCUUACCUUCCGUAUUGAAAUUCCAGAAGAUACUCCUUAUGGAAUAUUUGCACGAUCAUGUGUUGCCAUGGCUAAAGAUUCGCGAAGCACCUUCCAAAUUAUCGAUGAUGAUGGAUGUCCCGUUGAUCCAACCAUUUUCCCUGCCUUCUCGACCGAUGGAAAUGCCCUGCAAUCGUUAUAUGAAGCCUUCCGAUUCACCGAAAGUUAUGGAGUCAUCUUCCAAUGUAACGUCAAGUAUUGCUUGGGACCAUGCGAGCCAGUUGUGUGCGACAUGGGACGUGAUAGUGUCGAUUCAUGGGGCAGAAGGCGUCGUCGUUCGAUUGGAAGCAACGAAACAGCGACAGUUGAAGAAGAAGAAGAAAUGAACAUCUCGCAAGAAAUUCUCGUUCUUGACUUUGGAGAUGAGAACAAAAAUUCGAAUGAUUUCCUCAAGAGUGCUGAUCCCAGUGCCGAUUUCGGAAAAGAUAAAACGGUAACAAUCAUCGAACCUUGUCCCACCAAGACGUCAGUAUUUGCCUUAGCCGUUACAUGUGCUCUUAUGGUGCUCGUUUACCUCUCAACUUUACUCUUCUACUGCAUGAAGCGAUACAUGAAUCCACACAAAAUGAUGGCAUAA